AUGCCGGACAAGGAUGAUCUCCUCGCAAUGGGCUUCGAGCCCGCCCGUGUCGACUGGGCGCUGCGCUCCACGGGCAACUCGGGACUGCAGUCGGCUCUCGACCAUUUGGAAGCCAAUGAAGGCAAGCCUGUACCAGAUGUAGCUCAGCAGACCACCACCACCCCAGGCUCAGGCUCAGCAGGCGGCGGCGGCAACGGUCCCCCAGGCGAGUACGACGAAGAGGAACAGGCCGCUCUCAUGGAGAUGCUCAAGACCAAGGGGCAAGGAGCUGUAGACGCUGCUACUGGCUCGUCGUCCGAUGGAGCAGGCAUGGAGGCCAAAUCCAUCAAAUGCACCGACUGCGGCAAAGUCCUCAAGAACUCGGCCUUUGCCUCCUUCCACGCCGAGAAGUCCGGCCACACCAACUUUGAAGAGUCAACAGAGGAGGUCAAACCGCUCACGGAAGAAGAAAAGAAGGAGAGACUAGCAGAGCUUCGUCGCAAGCUCGCAGAGAAGCGCGCUGCCCAGUCCACCGUAGACGCUCAGGAGGCUAAAGCUAACGAGCAGAUCAGGAGAAAGGCAGGGCAGGACAUGGCUGUCGCCAAGGAUGAGAUGGAGAAGCGCGAGGCGGAGAAGGAGCGUAAGAGAAAGGCGGCGGAAAAGAAGGCAGAUGCUGAGGCCAAGGCGAGAGUGAGGGAGCAGAUUGAGGCGGACAAGAGGGAGAGGGCGGAGAGGGUUGCGAGGGAGAAGGCGGCAAGGAGUGGGCAAACUACACAAGCCACGCCGGCAGCAGCAGCAGGAGCAGCGCCGGCACCUCCUCCGCAGGCCAAGGCGGCCUCUACGGCCAAUGAGUCGAGGCUGAGAAUCAGGGCGCCCGGAGGACAGUGGAUGGGCACCGUGCCUGCUGAGACGACGCUGAAGCAGGUCGAGCAAAUGGUGGUCGAUGCUGGGAACGCGGCAGGGCCGCUGAAGUUCUCUCAAACCUUCCCCCGCAAGUUCUUCACUGACGAGGAGAAGCAGAAGACGUUGCGCGAGCUUGGGCUGGUGCCCAACGCGGCGCUAGAGGCUGCUAAUGCGUGACGAUGAGAAAAGAGAGGAGGCCAGACAGAGGAGAAUUAGGGCCCGCGAUCCCCACUUGAUGACAUCAUCACCAAAGCUCCAGUAAAGAGC